GACCUUUGUUGCUUAACAUUUCACAACCGUCAUCGUUUUCUAUCGUAGUUGGUGGUACCGUAUCAGCUAGUAGCCACUUGUAAAUCACCAACAUGGUUUAAUAGGAAUCUCACUGUUAUCACAUGGCAGGGCGGUGGAAAAGUUAUUUAUCCGAUCGGUUUCAUGAGUCGCCUACAGCCUUGUCUUCAGCUUCAUCCACGUCGGAACAGGUUCGACUGCAAAGAAAAGAGAAAGAAUACGUUAGCUAAGUUAGCACGACUGUCAGAUUCAAUGAAACUAGUGAUGCUGCUUUUAUUCAUGAAGACAGGAAGUUUUAAGGUAGCUAAUCUCGGAGAAUAGUAGCUACUGCUUAGCUAAUGUUAAAGAGGAGAGACGGUGAGCAUUCAUGGAGGGUGUAUUUCACACCACAGCUGUGGAGCUGUCCUGGUGGCUUCUGACUCUGCUCUGUUCAUGGACAGUAUUGUGUUCAGCAGACGUAAAGCAGACAAGAUGGCCAUUAUAUUCUCAGAAGCCAGUUCUUCUUGCCUGGAAUGCUCCAACACAGGAGUGUACCCCACGCCACCGUGUGGCAUUGUCCUUGGACCAGUUUGAUAUUGUUGCAUCCCCCAAUGAGGGGUUUGUUCGGCAGAAUCUCACGAUUUUUUAUAAGGAGCGCCUUGGGUUGUAUCCCUUUUACGAGCGUAGUGGUACUGCUAUCAAUGGAGGCCUACCACAGCUGGCCAGAUUCACUCAACACUAUGAGAAGAUGCCUGAAGGUGUGGAAAAAUAUAUUCGUGAGCCUGAUGCAAAAGGGUUGGCAGUUAUCGACUGGGAGGAAUGGCGUCCACUGUGGAUCAGAAACUGGGAUAUUAAAGAUAUCUAUCGAAAUAAAUCUCGGGAAAUGGUGGCCCAAAAGAACCCUAACUGGAGCCCAGAACAAGUUGCAAAAGUUGCACAGCAGGAGUUUGAGCUAUCUGCUCGCAAAUUCAUGUUGGAUACUCUAAAACUUGCCAAACAUUUGAGGCCAAACCAACUGUGGGGCUUCUACCUGUUUCCAGAUUGUUAUAACCAUGAUUACAGGAAUGGCCUGGAUGGCUACACAGGCCGCUGCCCUGCUGUGGAGACAGACCGCAAUGACCAACUUAACUGGCUGUGGAUAGAAUGCACUGCACUGUUCCCCUCUGUUUACAUAGGCUCUGUUCUUCGAUCUACAAAGUAUGGACGCCUGUUUGUUCGAAACCGAGUGAAGGAGGCAAUGCGUCUGGCAUCUGUUGGAGAUGGAUUAGCACGUCCAGUUUUUGUGUAUACCAGGCCCACUUACAUUAGUCAGAUGACCCUCCUCACUGAGAUGGAUCUGGUUUCCACUAUUGGUGAGAGUGUCGCUCUUGGAGCAGCGGGUGUAAUCUUCUGGGGGGACACUUCCUAUGCAAGCAACAGCGCCAGCUGCUCCACCAUGAAUCAGUAUCUUCAGGGCCCACUGGGAAUCUACCUGCUCAAUGUAUCAACAGCAGCAGUACAGUGCAGUCAGGUGCUGUGUAAAUCCCAUGGCCGCUGCCUGCGCAGAAUACAAGACAGCGAUGUAUACCUGCAUCUCAGCCCUUCAACUCACAGCAUCACCAGUCAGGGUGGCCAAUUGAAGGUUACUGGAGCACCAGGGAAAGCUGAGCUGGCUCUGUUCCGCACACAUUUCCAGUGCCAGUGUUACAGUGGGUACAAGGGUGAGGCCUGCGCUCAGAGAGAAAAAGGCCUGAAUAGAGCCUCCUCUGUGCUGGGAGCCUGGCACCUUUGCCUUUUACUCCCUCUAGGACUCCUCACUCUGCUACACUGAGGAAACUGAGAAAGCCAAAGUAUUUGCUGUCUCUGCCAGCUUUAAAAUGCACAGUUGAAACUGCUCAAAAUAAGUGGGCUACAGUCUCCCAAAAAUGAGUGAUUUUGAGGCAAUGACAGCAGCUCACACAAGAAGCAGUUAGUAUUGAAAUUGUCAUCCCAGCAACAACCAAACGUGCACAUCUGAUAUCCUGCUGAAACACCUGAAUAGGAGAUAAGAAUUUUUAUUUCUGGUCAUCAAUUUAUGGAAAAACAAUAACAAAUAAUAUCUUUAUUGGUGUGCAAUUUGUUGUACAGCCAAAUGUAACAGCAUAAUGGUACAAAAACAAUAGUAAGUACAUUGUAAAUGCAAAAUAGAAGUCAGAACUAUAUCUUGAUGGUUUUUAUGAGCUUUGUUCUAAUUUAAUUACCACCACUCCUCUUUCUGAAGGAUUAUAUAUCACUACAAGAGCGUUGAAGAUAAAAUGUUUAAUGUUAAGAGACCGCUUAAUCUAGAAGGUUUUUUAAUUUAUCUUUUUUGUAUCAGGACCUAUGACACAAACAGCAGGAGGUUAAAAAUAAAUAAACAAAAAAAACGCCUCAUGGUGUAAAAGUAGUGUUAUUCCUUUGCAUAUUGCUGUUGAAACCCACUAUUGUAGUGUACAUGUGCAAGUGGCUGUUAUGGUGUUUACCCUUAUGACAAAAAUCAAACUUGCUUUAUGAGAAAUACUGAAAAAUGCAGCCUUAAAUACUCAUCUUUGUUGUAUAGAAACAACAUGGCUGGACCUGUUUCAUUUUAAGAAAUGUGCCUUAGUGGGGCUAUGUGCUGUUUGUUUUAAAUAAUUGAGUUUUCUAUAACAGUGUUCAUCUCAGCCCUAUGAUAGGGCAGAUACUCUAUUGUAAUAGUAAAUCCUAAUGGCCGUUGUUUUUUUUUCUUAAUUAUUAUUUUUUUUAAAUAUAUGAACAUAAAUGCUACACUGAUACAGUAAAAGUUGUCAUCUGUUAGAUACAGAUGAUAUGAAUUAAUGAAGUUCACAUGAAUAAAUGUCAGCAGUGAGAUAAUGUUACCAUUGCUGAUUUUGGUUCCUGUUAAAUAGAACACAGGGUCAGUCAGGUACUAACAUUAUUAAUAUAUAUCAUUAAAGACCCACCAAUGAUGUUAGAAUGGAACAUCAGCUAUAUAAAUCUCUCUGUAUGCAUACAUACAUAUACAUACAUACAUAUACACACACAUGCAGCCUGGCCAGAAAAGUCCCCGUCUGUAUUUCACUUAGGAAAUAGUUCACGUCCUUCUUUUUGACAGUUACUGCAGGGAUUGAUAUAUUUCAGCAGGAAACAAGUUCUUAAAACCUUAAACUCUAACCAAUGCAGUGAGUAGUUUCUCAUUUCUUAAACAACUACCAGUCUGAUAGAGAAUGUAAAGAAUGGACUGUGUUUUAAUGGAGGAAGGUCAUGUGGUCUGAUGAGUCCAGAUUGAAGCAGUGCUAUUAUAUUAUAGGCUUUUUUUGGACAGGCUGGAUAAAUGCAUAUAUGUUUAGUUUAUGGUAGCACAAAUCAUUUGUAAAUUUCAGCUUUCAUUUUCAAGAACCUCUCUCAGAGAUGCAGAAGCAUUUCUGAGGUAAUUAAAAAUGAAUAUGACUGGCACCAUUCAUUCAUUUUCUAAACCACUUAGUCCUUGAGAGGGUUAUGGGGAUGCUGGAGGACAUCCCAGCUGCCGGGGGCUGAGGCGGGGUACACCCUAGAUGAACAUUAACACUAUUAAUAUUUAUGAAUCCACCAGACAGUGCUCACAAGUAUUUUUUUUGCAAGUUAAACAUAUUUAGUAACUGAAUUUAAGGGAUUAUUUUCAAUUCUUGUUUUUUCAUAAGAAAAAUUACAUUGGCUGACUUCUUGUUAACAGAUCUUUGGCGAAGUAGCAAUAUCUUAUUAAUAUUGUCCUGGUAUAGUAUGAUUGUGUUCUCCAGACAGCCAUCAGAUUUUUCAGUGAGCAGAUUGACAUGCUUACACUGUGUUUGUGUUUCCUGCCAGCAGCGCUAUGUUGAUAGAUUAGGAAGUACUGUUGCUCUAUUUACAUAAUAUUAAUUAGGCGGAAGCUAGCUGAGCAAUUUUACAAAUAAGUUUCAUAUUUAGGUAGGUAGACUCCAUAUUUAUUCAGUAUUUAGCCUCCUAAAAUUCGUUGGGGUGCUAGCUGUAGGUUGUGGAUUUUUUUUUUUUUUUUCUCAUUAAGUAAAUACGCUAGAAUCAGACACAUGGUACUGGAAUUGGCCUUUUAUUAUUGCUGCAAACGUCAUGUUAUUCUGCACUUUACUUCUCUGUUGAGCUGGAUAUGACCUUAUUCUACAAUGAAAAGCCUUAUAUGCAGUAUGUUAUGAUAUUUUUAUUGUUUUUGUUUUGUUAAGAUAUUUUCCACUGUGAAUUUUGUCUGUAAAAGAGAUGGACGAAUGGAUAUUUUACCUCUCUUGGCCUCAGUCACGUUAUAGAUAACGUGAGGUUUGGUGUGACUUAUUAUUGUCUUUAAAUAUCAUGUUGUGUCCGAGCCAAGACUGUUUCACGUUCACUAGAUUCAACCAAAGGUUGUAGUAGAGAAGGAGCGUCCAAUGUUUUUUGCUUAGAGUAAAGAUUUCACAAAUGACAACGAAGUGCUGUAAUUCCAUGUUUGUGCCAGGAAACAUACAUCCACAGUAUACUACUUAAGGCAAAAGCAGAGCUGUGUGGCAGAGUGAAUGCAUGUUUUUUUUUAACAUGAUGCCCUUUUCAACCAGCAAAUUUCUUCAGACUGAAUAGUGUGUUUUUGUUUUUUUUUUUGUAAAACUUCACCUCUCACCUUUGCAACAGAUGUGGCUCACUGUAACAAAGUAAAUUCAUUAAUUUAAAAGCUUUGUGUUGUCAGUGUAUUGUUUCAUCUGAAACCAAUGCUAAAAAGUAUUUUGACGAUUUGUAUCUAAAAAUAUUUCUUAUUUACUUUUAAUAUCUGAAAUUUUUAAUAUUAAAUGAAGAAUUGAAAUGUC